AUGUUUGCGUUGCAGGCAAAGCCAAUCCAUCAUUCCGGCGGCCUGGCCUCGACGUAUGAGACUGGCGCGGUGACGAUGUCGAGAGUACCCAUUGCCGCGCUGUUGAGACAGGACACCGCAAGCGUGGUCGACCGAUUUUCAGAGCAAGGGCGAACAUACUACAAAUUCAAAAAUGACAUGUAUCUAUUUCCCGCAGACGAUGUCGAGUUCGAGCGCCUGGAUGUCAUGCAUUCGCUGAUAUAUCGCGUGGCAUUGAACAAUCAGCUUCACGUCGCUAUGAUGAGGACUACUCCUCGUCGAAUACUCGACAUUGGCUUUGGUACGGGCUUCUGGAUGCUGGACAUGGAGAGUCGGUACCCAAGCGCAGAGGUUAUUGGUCUCGAUAUGGAAGCGCCACCGCAAGGAGUCAAAUCAACUCAACGCCUCAAUUUUCGCUCCCCCGUAGACUUUACGGCUCCGCAAUGGCCAGUCGAGGAGUCUUCGGUUGAUUUUGUUCACAUGGCACAGCUCGUUGGCUGCGUUCCCAAUUGGCUUGACCAAUAUGGCAAAGCUUACAGAUGUCUACGUCCCGGCAGUGGCCAGAUCGAACAUGUAGAAAUCGACUGGACACCCCGAUCAUAUCAGCCAAACUUUCCUGCGAACGCCACUGACCUCUGGAAUUGGUGGGGUUGGAUGCUACAGGCGUCUGACCGAGCAGGCAAAUCUCUGGCGUAUCGAGAAGACACCGAAGAGCUGCUCGAGCAGGCUGGCUUCGUCGAUGUGAGCCAUAAGCGGGUGCGGGUGCCUCUCUGUGGCACAGACCGGCGAGACCUGCAAGAGAAGCAGCUCGCGCACGGCUAUCAGAUGACAAUGGGCUAUACUGGCUCGCAGUCAUUUACCGGCAUGAGCAUGGCUCUCUUCACAAGAUAUCUGGGCAUGUCACCUCAUCACGUCGAGCAACUUUGUGCCCGCGUUCUGGCAGUGGUCCAGCAGGAAUCACUACCUUUGUACAUCAACCUGCAUGUUUGGACAGCUCGAAGACCAAUGAGCUGA